UCACCUUGACUGUAAUGUACUAUAAUGUAUAAUUUUUACUUCAUAAAAAAAAUAAGGUUAAAAAUUUAAAAAGUCAAUUUGGAGGUGGUUUAAACCCCCAAAACCACCCCUAGGCACGUCCGUGACGUUUGAUAACAAUAUUUAUAAUUUUUGUAACUUCAAUUUAUUUAUUCUGUGAAAAUUUGUCUUAAUCUAAUAUUUAAACGGUCGCUACCUAACGUAGUGAAGGAUGUUAUUACGACGUAUGUUUAUUUGAAGACAGAUUCGUUUAUAAAAAUUAGAGUAAAAUUUGUGGUUUUUGUAUGUGUAAUGUAUUCCUUUCUCUUUUUCCGUAUACACUUAAAUAAUAAUAUACUAUUUAAUUUUACCAUCAUUAUAAUGUCGCUGGGCUGUGAAGACUAGCAGAUACGGUCCAAAGAUUUUACGUUGGGUACAAAGAACACACACAAUGUUUGAUCAGUAUUAAGGCAAUAACGUUUUUGAAAACAUAUUUUACUUGAAAUUUUCUACAUUAUUUAAUAAAAUGUUUACAAAUUCAAAAAAAAGUGAAUUAACUUAUGCAAUUGAACCAGAAGCUUCUGUAUACCAAAUUAAUGAUCGUCAGCCAGAAUCAUCAGCCGUAAAUUUUAUAGACACAUAUGAAGAACGAAGAAGAGGUCGAAUAUUUGUCGACGAUCCUUUAUCAAGUUUAGAACAAGAAAUAUUAUUGUUUAGGCAUAACAAUAUACACAAAUUUCAGCAAGUUUUAGGUUGUGUAGAAGAGGAACCUGAGUAUCAAGAAGAUGAUAUGGAACUAUUUUUACGGUAUAAUUCACUAGAUUCCGGAAUUCCUUAUGAAUACGAAGACAAUGAAAUAGAAAAGUCUAUAAAUAGUACUUUAAACAGAUUAAUAUCAUUAUCCGUAAUUCAACAAGAUUUUCAUCAAAAUAAUGAAGAUAAUAUAAUUGAUUUUCAAGAAUUAUCAAAUAAAUCUCAUGGAUGUAUUACUUCUAGUUCACAAAUAUUAAAUGAAACUUUUAACCUAGUUGAAGAAGUUUAUGUCAAUAGAGACCAAUGUCAUUCUAAAUUACAAAUAGAAAUGGAGUAUUUAGAAGAUGGUAUUAUUGUUGCUGUUGAUCUUGGUACAACAUAUAGUGGUUAUGCAUAUUCUUUCAAACGAUUUAGGGAUGUUAAUAUAAUGAAAAAGCCUAAAAAUGAGUCUGAAUUAAUAGAUGAUAGGCAAAAAAUACCAACUGUUUUACUAUUAACUCCUGAUUUCAAAUUCCAUUCAUUUGGAACACCAGCACGUGAUUAUUUUCAUGAUAUGCAUCCAGAUGAUGCACAGAAAUGGUAUUAUUUUGAUAAGUUCAAAAUGUUUUUGUGUAACAAGGACGUGAUAACAAAUGAUACAUGCAUUAUGGCGGCUAAUAAUGUUAUGGUUCCAGCUACUCGAAUAUUAUCAGAAACAUUAAAUCAUUUAAAGUGUUUAGUUUACAAUGAAUUAACUACAAGAUGCUCUAUAACAAUUAAAUCAAACUCGAUAACGUGGAUAUUAACUGUGCCUGCCAUAUGGACAAAACAGACCAAACAAUUAAUUAAAGACAUUGCAAUAAAGGUUGGAAUAGGAAACUCUGAAAAUAUUAAUUCCGUAGUCUUAAUUCUAGAGCCAGAAGCAGCUUCUGAACACUGCCAAAAUGUUCGACUCAAAAAUACAAGAAUACUAUCUACAAAUUUCGAAAUAAAUAGUUAUGGAUCUGAUUAUUGUAUAAUAAAUGAAGUUAACGAAGGAUGUAGUUACGUGGUAGUUGAUUGUGGCGGAGGUACAGUGGACAUUACAGUUCAUCAACUCUCUCGAACUCAAAAUUGUUUAUCAGUCAGUAAGCUUCACAAGCCUUCAUCGGGGAUUUAUGGUUCAUUAAGUGUGGACAUUGAAUUCAUAAAACUUUUGUGCUCAUUAUUUGGUUUUGGAUUUAUGUCCGAUUUCAAACUUCAGAGACCAGCUGCAUAUGCUGAACUUCUUCAAAGAUUCGAAGAAGUAAAAAAAACUGUAUCCAGCAAUGGGAAAACUACUGCAAUUAUUAGACCACCUUAUGCAUUAGCAGAUCAUUAUAUGAAAUAUUCUGGCAAGAAUAUAUCUGAUGCUGUUAAAGAUUACAAUUGCGAAGAAAUUCAAUGGAAUGAAAUAGAUGGUUUUUUUAUCAUAAAAUAUAAGAUUGUGGAACGUUUAUUUUUGACAAGUUUUGAAUGCAUUUCUGAACAAAUCAAAAGCAUAAUAAAGAAUAACAAAAAUGUGACACAUAUGUUUCUCGUUGGAGGAUAUGCACAAUCAUUAUGGCUUCAAGAAAAAAUAGUAGAGCAUUUUAAUCAAAAUUUAAACAUUUUUUUACCAGAACAAUCAGCAGUUAGUGUUUUAAAAGGAGCAGUUUUAUGGGAAUUAAAUCGUUCAAAAUUUCCAAUUCAUAAAGCUAAAAAUAGUUAUGCUUUAGGAAUUAUAAAACCUUUUAUUGACGUUAAACAUCCUAUUGAAAAACUCGUUAUAAAAGAUGGUAAACGUUGGUGCACUGACCUGCUGGAUUAUUUAAUUGAAGAAAACGACUUAAUUAGAGUUAAUGAAACUAUCACUAAACGAUACAUUCCUGCUAAUCCAGUUGAAGGUUAUAUCGUAAUAAAUAUAUAUUUAGUACAAAAUAAGUCAGCUAAAUUUGUUACAGACAACGGAGUAAGCAAAUGCGGUUCCUUAAAGUUGUUAAGAAAUGACAAUAUACAAUAUUCUGAAGAAUUACUAGUCCAAAUGAUAUUUUGUGGCCAUGGUGAAAUUUUAGCAUCUGCAGUAGACUUAGCAAACAAUAUUCGUAUAAAUAUACAGAUUUCAGAAACUGAAUGUUAAAAUAUAAUAUCUGUACUCAGUAAAAAUUUACUUAUGUUGUUAAGUUAUAUUAGAUCUGUAUUUAAUAUUAUAAUAUUACUUUUAAUUCUGUAAAUAUAAUAACUUUAAAAUGUAUUAAAUUAUUUUUCUUUAAA